AUGAAAGCUGCUCCUCUAAUCAUCAAUUGGCACGACCAGAAUGCCCCCGUUUACUCCGCACACUUCGAGCCGUCUGGAAAGGGACGUUUAGCCACCGCUGGUGGUGAUAAUCAUAUCAGAAUAUGGAGGGUUCUGGUUGACGGGGAGGACCGCAAGGUCGAGUACCUUUCAACCCUUUCAAAGCACAACCAAGCUGUUAAUGUUGUUCGUUGGGCGCCCAAGGGCGAGCUUCUAGCCUCGGCCGGCGACGAUGGCAAUGUGAUCCUCUGGGUACCAAGCGAAACACCCCAAACAGCCUUGGGAUCCGAUGCCCCGGAAGAUAAAGAGUCUUGGAGGGCAAAGCAUAUGUGUCGUUCUAGUGGUGCAGAGAUCUAUGACUUAGCCUGGUCUCCUGACGGAGUGUACUUCAUCAUCGGCAGUAUGGAUAACAUAGCACGAAUCUACAACGCUCAGACAGGAACACUCGUGCGCCAGAUCGCUGAGCACAGCCAUUAUGUGCAGGGCGUCACAUGGGAUCCCCUCAACGAGUACAUCGCGACGCAGUCCUCCGAUCGAUCAGUUCAUAUCUACUCUCUAAAAACCAAGGAUGGGCAAUACACCCUUAGCGUAGACGACAAGACUCCUCGACUUGCCAGCCAUAUCAAGGCCGAUCUUCCUCCUCGGCGAAUCUCCUCGAGCAGUCCUGCUCCUCCCGACUUUGGCCAUCGCUCUUCGCUUGCUGUCCUCGAUUCUGCGCCUUCUAUCGGAUCCCCUGUCCCAUCUGCACCCGGCACGCCUACUUCUUUCGCACUUCCCAUGAACCCUCCCAGCGUCGUUAGCCAUAGCCGUCGAUCUUCGUUCUCUUCUCGUCGAUCUGUAUCACCAGCGCCGUCUAUGCCUCUGCCAGCCGUCAUGCCUAUGGACCCCUCUCCAAAACCAUCGUCAACGUUGAGCAGUGGGUUGGGAAUGAAGAAUGCGAACCUCUAUGCCAAUGAGACGCUCACUUCCUUUUUUCGACGACUCACAUUUACACCAGAUGGCAGCUUGCUAUUAACCCCAUCGGGACAGUACCAAAACCAACACCAGGCUGAACGAGACGCGAAACCUACUUAUGAAGUGAUUAACACAGUCUAUAUUUACACGCGUGGUGGUAUCAACAAGCCCCCAAUAGCCCAUUUGCCGGGUCACAAGAAGCCCUCGGUAGUGGUAAAAUGUUCUCCAAUAUUCUACACACUACGACAGUCUCCUCCUGUCACGCGCAAUAUAACCAUUGACACAUCAUCCUCAGAGGAGCCUAUUCCAUCCCUUCCAGAACCUCUGUCGAAACCAUCCCCAGCUCCUUCUGUCAUGGAUCCCCCUCCUCCACCCUCAACCUCAUCAGACCCAAAGACAUCGGGUUCAGAUUCGGCUUCGGCUACACCAGGUCCAAAGCCUGCCUUUUCCCUGCCUUAUCGCAUGGUCUACGCAGUGGCUACACAAGACUCGGUCCUACUUUACGAUACUCAGCAAAAGACCCCUAUCUGUGUUGUCAGCAAUCUUCAUUGCGCCACCUUUACUGAUCUUGCAUGGUCAAGCGAUGGUCUGACUUUAAUGAUAUCGUCCUCUGAUGGUUUCUGCUCAACACUAUCCUUUACAGCUGGAGAGCUGGGUGAAGUCUACAAGGGUGAAGUCGGUCCGCCCAAGUCGCAAACAGGGACUUCGUCUAAUCAAAGCACUCCCAUGCCUACCCCAACGACCGUGUUUGCUCCACCUUCACCCUUUCCCAACGGCUCGCAUCACCACCAUCGCAACUCGGCGAGCUCUUUUACUGCCCCUUCGCCCCCGCAGUCAGCUUCCAUUCUUUCUCAACGUCCCUCGUCUCCUGCGAGAUCGAAUUCGACGUCGUCAAUUGCGACCAUCACUACACAGGCCAGCACUGUGCCCGCAGCCGGUGUAGUCACCAAUCCACCUCUGAUUUCUGGCAAUGUUCCAGGCAUUGCAGCAGCAAAUUCUGGCAAGGUGACUGGUGUUCCGCUCACAACACCUCCUGAGACUCCUCGAAGUACCACAGGCAGUGUUGCGGGCACUAAACGCGACGCCAGUGAAGGCGAAAAGGAAGACAGCAAGGAGCCCAAGAAGAGGCGAAUUGCUCCCACGCUGGUGGAGCCCAAAAGUUAG